AUGUCAGAUCAAGUUCCCCUGUGGGCCAAAAGCCCAUCCACCAAGGUUGUGUUUUCAAAGGAAGAUCUACAAGGAGUUGGGGCUGAGGUGAGGAGGGAGUUCAACACUUGCAGGGAGGAGCUGAAAGCUGCACAGGAAGCUUGGAAAGAAGGUGGCCAUCAGGUAAUCACAGCUGCAGAUGGAGGUGAGCCAGGUGGCAAAGUUGUUGCUGGCAGCAGAGUUUUGAAGGGAGACAGUGCUGCUGAGAAGUUUCGCAUAACCUAUGAGGCCAGGCAGAGGGUGACCAACAUAGCUAACAAAGAGGAGCUGCAAGGACAUGUGCUUCCUGGACUGUUAGUUUUCCCUGGAAAGCACAACAGAUUGAGCAAUGUAGAUGAGAAUGGCAAGUACAAGAGAACAGAGAAGUUUGAAGUGAAAGGUGUGGAGGUGGAGCACCAAGCUGGAGAGAAGUGCAGAGGCUUAGCUUGGGCAGUUGAGCUGAGGAAGCAGUUUCCAAAAGAGUUUGAAGAGGUGGAGAUCAUGACACAGCCCAGUUCCAACUGCGAUGGAGUUUUGCUAGCAUGGAUAGUUGAAGAGCAAUGUGAAGAAGAGAUUUGCAGCUUGUGGAUCAGAGAUUGCUUCAGUGCAGUUUUCCAGGAACACAUUGGCUACAAAGAGAUCAUCCUUGCCACAGUUGGAGCUCAGAGACAAGCAGUUCAAAGACAGGUUGACACAGAUUGGAUUGUGGGUGGGAGUGUGAGGAAUGGCCUCAUAGCUUUCAAAGCUUCACCAGAGGCAGGAAAGCUUGUGCCCUUUCUAGGUGAAAGUUGGGCCAAAGCAAGAGGUCUGGCACAGGGGUCAAGGAGAAUUCCCAACAGUUGGCUGGAGCCAAGGUUCAGCUGGGUCAAAGAUGGAAUUCCACAGCCUGCAGAUUUUGCCCUGAGUUCCAGCGCCACGCAGGAGAAAGGUAGCCUUGUGAAGAAAGAGCUAGCCAAGAGCAAGAAGAAGGCCAUCAAGGACAAAGCUCUGCUGCUAGCCUUGAAAGAAGAUGAAGUUGAGAAGAAGGCUGCAAAGGCUGCAGAGCCAGUUGAGGACUUGCAGUUGCCUUUCAAGAAAGGAGAGGAGUUGAGAGUUGUGAAGGAAGAAGCAGGUGCCUUGCAGUAUGGCAAAGAAGGCAGUUUUGCAGAUGCACAGACAGAUGGAAAAGCUUCAAUCUUCACAGAUUAUGGUGUGAUGAGUUGCCAUCAGCAGCACUUGCAGUUGAAAGACAGUUCCUGGAAGAAGGCAGCUGUGUGGAAGCAGUUCACACAGCUUGGCAGGUUGAAAAAGCAGGAGUUCCUGCAGCUUUCAGGUUGCAUGCCAGCCCUGGGAGUGAAAGCAGAAGCAGUUGUGCCAGAGCCACCAAAGAUGAACAUGCUGGAGGGUGGCCACAUAGCUUUGAGCUGGCACCUGCUCAGAUGGCAGUUCUCAGGCCAUGAGUUCUUGGAGAGCUGCCAGCUUGUGGAUGCAGAGUGCGCCUACAAGAUUGACAAAGAAGAAAGGUGGAAAGAAGAGAUCCAGCAGCUGGCAAGCAACAAGGUGCACAUUUUUGUGCCAGUUCUGGGCAGCCCAGCUCACUGGGCCUUGCUAGUUGGCCACAGGUCCAGUCCAGAUGCAGCCUGGCAGUUCUGCUACAGGGACACCUUGGCAGAUGAGCAUGCAGAUUGCAAGCACAAGGCAGCAAUAGCAAUGCAAGCUCUCACAGCUGCCUCAGAGUUGCCAGAAGUGCCAGCCAGGUGCAACAGCUGCAGGCAAACAGCCUCAGAAAGUGGCCAGCUAGUUCUGUCUUACAUUGAGGCAGAGCUGGCAGAGCUAGCUUCAGAAGGCCCAGCUGCCAGAGGCUGGCCAGGUGUGCUGGCCCAGAGCUGGGACAAGAGGUUGGAAGCACUGUACAAGCAGUUGCAGCUAGAAGUUGAGAAAGUUCAUGCAGAAGUGGCCAAAGCAAAAGAAAGGGAAAAGAAGCUUGAAGAGCAGCAGGAGCAAAGAAGAAUGAAAGCCUUGGAGAUUCUUGCCAAGGCAAAAGAUCAGAACUCCAAGACAGCUCAAGCAGCAAAGGCAGCUUUUGAGCAGAAUUCACAGUAUUUCACCCACAAAGAUUUGAGCCCAGAUGCCAGAGAAGCAGUUUGGAAAGCCAAAGCUGCACUUUUCAGGCCCUGGCACUUCUCAUCCUCUCCUGGGUGA